UCUUCUUGGGCUGCUGCUCCCUUGACACAGCUGCUUCCCUCUCUUUCCUUCAACUGCACUCACCGCACCAAAAUCACUUGCCAGUACAGUGCGGUUCGUGAUUUUUAGGCUUUCAGUGUAGUUAAACUCUUCAACAUGGAAGAAUUCAGCAAGGCUAUAUUGCAGCCUGGGCCAGUUGAAACUUUUGCUCUUAAGACUGUUCAAGAAUUUAUUAAACCUCAGAAGCAAACUAAAUUGGUGCAAGAUGAGAAUCAAUUGUUGGAGAAUAUGCUGCGGACGUUGCUUCAGGAGCUUGUGUCUUCUGCUGCACAGUCGGGGGAGGAAAUUAUGUUGUCUGGGAAGUCAAUUGAUGAUGAAGAAAACUCUCAGGGUCAAAUUCCUCGUUUACUAGAUGUUGUUCUAUAUCUAUGUGAGAGAGAACAUAUUGAGGGUGGUAUGAUAUUCCAGUUGUUGGAAGAUUUGACAGAAAUGUCUACAAUGAGAAAUUGCAAGGAUAUUUUUGGUUACAUAGAGAGUAAGCAAGAUAUACUUGGAAAGCAAGAACUUUUUGCUCGUGGAAAACUUGUAAUGUUGAGAACAUGCAAUCAACUUCUCCGUCGCCUUUCAAAGGCAAAUGAUGUCGUGUUUUGUGGACGAAUUCUUAUGUUUCUGGCACACUUUUUUCCACUAUCUGAGCGCUCAGCUGUAAACAUUAAAGGAGUUUUCAACACAUCAAAUGAGACUAAAUAUGAGAAAGAGCCACCAGCUGCCAUUUCUCUUGACUUCAACUUCUAUAAAACCUUGUGGAGUUUACAGGAGUACUUCUGUGACCCUUCUCUUACUCUUUCUCCUAUCAAGUGGCAAAAAUUCUCAUCGAGUUUGAUGGUUGUCUUGAAUACCUUCGAAGCUCAGCCUUUGAGUGAGGAAGAAGGAGAUGCUAACAAUUUGGAGGAAGAGGCAGCAGCAUUUAACAUAAAGUAUCUCACAAGCAGUAAACUGAUGGGUUUAGAGUUAAAAGAUCCAAGUUUUCGCCGCCAUGUUCUUGUGCAGUGUCUCAUACUGUUUGACUACCUUAAGGCUCCUGGAAAGAAUGACAAAGAUUUAACAUCUGAAAGCAUGAAAGAAGAAAUAAGAUCUCGCGAGGAGCAUGUUAAAAAAUUACUUGAAAUGACUCCACCUAAAGGGAAAGAUUUUCUUCACAUGGUUGAGCAUAUACUAGAACGUGAAAAGAAUUGGUUGUGGUGGAAACGUGAUGGUUGCCCUCCAUUUGAAAAACAGCCAAUAGAGAAUAAAACAGUCCAAGAUGGAGGUAAAAAACGUAGGCCAAGGUGGAGGCUAGGAAAUAAAGAACUCUCUCAAUUGUGGAAGUGGGCAGAUCAGAAUCCGAAUGCAUUGACUGAUCCUCAACGUGUUCGAACUCCUGCUAUCACAGAUUACUGGAAACCAUUGGCAGAAGAUAUGGAUCCAUCAGCUGGAAUAGAUGCUGAAUAUCACCACAAGAAUAACCGGGUUUAUUGCUGGAAAGGUCUUCGUUUCUCUGCUCGGCAGGAUUUGGAUGGUUUCUCUCGAUUUACUGACCAUGGUAUUGAAGGAGUUGUUCCUUUAGAACUCUUGCCACCAGAUGUCCGGUCCAAAUACCAAGCUAAACCUAAUGACAGGUCUAAACGUGCCAAAAAGGAUGAGCCAAAGGGUGCUUUACAUCAAGUGGAAGAUAAUCAGAUAUCAACACCUGCAAGCGAGAUUGAUGGUGAAGGAAUUAGAAUUGAUCUUGAAGCCUCUGCUGCACCAAUGGACACUGAUGUCACAGCCACAAAUGGCAGUAUUUCACAAAGCGGCACUCCAACACCAGAUGAACAUCAAAAGCAAGGCUCCGACACGGAUGGUGGUCAAGAGGCAGGCCAGUUAGAAGCAGACGCUGAAGCAGAGGCAGGGAUGAUAGAUGGAGAGACAGAUGCAGAGGUAGAUUUAGAAGCAGUUGGCUGAUCAUGGAGCGGGUUUUCACUCCCGCAAUACUGGGUGUCUAAGUUGCUUUUGCAGAAGAAAGUACCAAUAGACUCUGAUCUAAAUACAGUGGGCUUUGUAUUUACGUUGAAUCAUCAUUACACUUAGCAGUAGUUCAGACCCCUAUUGCCCCAUCAGUUUUGUUUAGUCUGAUUAGCUCAGCUGCAACAAUUCUCUUUUAUUCUUACAAAGCUUUCUUUCCUUUACAAAAAGAAAAGGGAAAUAGCCAAAUUAGAAAUUCUAAUGUGGCAUCCAAAAUGCUAUUGGUCCUGUCCUUAGAUUUUCCCGAGUGAAUUCAUCAAAUAAAAAUUGAUUUUUUAAUGCC